GCGAUCGUAAUCAACUUCUAAAUUCAAAUCGCCAACAGUUCGCCAGUAAUCGUGCGCGCUAAACUUCGCCCCUUGUCCGACGCGACAACAAACGUGCGUCUGUGCCGUGCACAUACUGCGUCGAGAAGUUAUUGAAUUAUUUCCGUAGUGCCGAAGAAAGUUUGCGAGUGACUUUAUUGGACAGUGAGACGUUGCGCCCCUUUGUUUAAGAGGUCGAAGUGCUUGAAUAGUUAACAAGUUGGCGAAAUUGGUUUCGGGUGUUGUAGCGAGAUAUCCGUGUGUUGCGGUGGAGCGGUCUUUUGUCGGGCUAAGUUUCCGGGUUUUGGCGCAUCGGGUUUGUGAGACGCGUGCGGCCGUACGUGGCAUGAAUUGAGAAGAGGCCCUCGUGAGUUUAGCUGCCGGGUUUUGGGAGACGGUUCAAAGAGCGAUAAAGCGAAGCCGUCAAGCUGUAUUCCUUCGACAGUUUCAAGGUUUACGAGUACGAUGGGGACACGGCGUUCCACGAACAUGAGGACGACUUCGGUGCGGCUAAAAGGAAUUACUGUCAUACCGAUGUGCCUCUGUCGCGUUCCACCACCCACGUGAAGAGCGUGACCAUGAGGGAGAAGCGGGGUGGUGCCAUGAGCAAGAUGCAGAAGCUCAGGAAGCGACUGUCCCUCAGCUUCGGCAGACUAUCAACAAAAGACGAGCCGGACGCGGAGCUGGCCGAGUGCCGCGCGCGGCAGAACGGCUCGGGGCGCGGCAAGCUGGCGUACAACGGCUACUCGGAGGAGUGCCUCGACCGGCUCGAGCCCAACGGGAACAUACCUCAUGAUAAGGACGAGCAUUAUGAAUGGAGCGGCAGCGGCGAGAACGGCGAAUACCGGGUGCGCAGACAACUCUCCGUCUCUUCAGACUCCAAGCUGCUGGACGAGGGGGCUCGCGAGGACGCGCGCGUGGUGCUGCGGCCCCGGCGCCCGCCGCGGCCCAAGUCCGAGGCCUUCCUGGGACCGGAGAAUAGCAACAGGAGGACCAAGAGAUUUAGUGCCUUUGGGGGGGACUCCCCGUUUGGUAAAUCGGAGGCGUACAUCAAGCUGGAGCAGCUCGGCGAGGGCUCCUACGCCACCGUCUUCAAGGGGUACAGCAACCUAACACAGCAAGUGGUAGCACUAAAAGAGAUCCGGCUGCAAGAGGAGGAGGGCGCGCCCUUCACGGCCAUCCGCGAGGCGUCGCUGCUGAAGGAGCUGAAGCACGCCAACAUAGUGACGCUGCACGACAUCGUGCACACGCGGGAGACGCUCACCUUCGUGUUCGAGUUUGUUGACACGGACCUCUCGCAGUACAUGGAGCGGCACCCGGGCGGGCUGAACCACCACAACGUGCGCCUCUUCAUGUACCAGCUGCUGCGCGGGCUCGCCUACUGCCACCGGCGGCGGGUGCUGCACAGAGACGUGAAACCCCAGAACCUCCUCAUCAGCUGCGGCGGGGAGCUGAAACUGGCGGACUUCGGCCUCGCGAGGGCCAAGUCCGUGCCCAGCCACACGUAUUCACACGAAGUGGUCACGCUGUGGUAUAGACCGCCUGACGUCCUCCUCGGCUCCACGGAGUACUCGACGUCGCUGGACAUGUGGGGCGUGGGCUGCAUCUUCGUGGAGAUGCUGUGCGGCCUGCCCGCCUUCCCCGGCGUGAGGGACACGCACGACCAGCUCGACAAGAUCUUUAAGGUAGUCGGCACACCCACCGAGGAGUCCUGGUCCGGCGUGACCCGGCUGCCCGGCCUGCGCGAGCACACGGCCCGCUGGGGGCUCUGUCCGGGCCGCGGGUUGGGCUCCGCCUUCCCCAGGCUACGCGACGCGGGCCGCCCGGCCGAGCGCUUGGCCGCCGUGUUGCUGCAGCCCGACCCGGCCCGCAGGUUGGCCGCCCACGCCGCGUUGAGACACGGCUACUUCGCGCAUCUGCCGAGAAGGCUGGAGGAGCUGCAUGAUGGUGAGUUUGCCGAGGUGUCAAUAUUCACAGUGGAGGGCGUCUGCCUACACACGGAGAAUCGCCACGCGGCCAUCAAAUGAGGCGUCCUCGAGACUCCUCACAAUUAGUCUUAAUUCACAACGCAGAGGACCAACUACGACCGCGUUGUCUUAACGCAUCUGAUGCGCUAUCCUGUUGUCUCUUUCACACUUAGGGGCUUAGAGAGAGACGUCUGUAUAAGCCCCCGAGUGUGGAAUCCUGUUAUGAUUUGUCCAACCGUUGUUUUGAAUGUUAUAUAAUGCGCUUGUUAAGCUUCUUAUAUCCAUCCAUAUUAUUCAAUUAUUCUAUGGUGACAAGGUAACUAGGUACCGGCGUACUAAUUUAUUAUUACAUAACAGUGUGCCAUGUUGUAUAUCUAUAAAAAAAUGAAAAGAAAAAAGAGAA